AUGGUCGCGUUUUUUGAUCACCGGUACAAGGAUUCGCCGUAUGAGAGUGCGGUGAUCAGCGGGUUGGCGGUGAUGGGGAUACGCAAGGACGGCGGUUGGGUCGAGGCGAUCCAUUACACGCCCAAGUAUUCGGCCGUCAUCAAGAUGGCGCGCAUGUUGGUGGUAUAUCAGUCGGUCGUGGAACGAGAAGACGAGGUCCGCGCGUUGCAGAGGAGGAUGAGCCGGGAGGCGGCGGAAGAGGCGGCGACCGGAUUGUUCCGGAUCGUGAGGGCCAAGGCGGUACGGUUCAUGAUGGUCGUUUCCGAGACGUCGGAGCCGGCAGUGAUGGAUUGGAUAUUCGAUACACGUACGUACGGGAUGCGGAUCCAGUUUACGACGCCGAGUGCCGGGUUAGUCGAUUGGAUCGGGGACCAGGUGACGUACCAGCGGAUUCGCAUCGGGAUGAACGAGUUGGGCGACAUGAUGCACGAGGCCGCGCGGGAGAUGAGGACAGUAUUAGGCGAGUUGUUGAUGGUCAGGGACGACAGUUUCGACGCGGUGCCGGCGAUCGAAUGGGGGCGGUUCGAGGACGACCACAGCGACACGACGGUCGAUUAUUCGUUUUUGCAAGACGACCGCAAU